AUGAACGAUUGUUUUGCGGGUGGAAGGCAGACGAGGAGCGUGAUGAGGUUGCGAGGAGGAUCGGCCGAUGGGACCUGGAGGGAGCGCGGCACGGCGUUGGAUGAUGUCAGAGCGUACAGAUCUUCUGUAUUGGGAGAAACGUUCUUCCUUCUGACGUCAAAGGAUGCAGACAAGUGGUACGGGUGUCCUCACUGCCAGUUCAUCAACGAGCACACGUCUGUUCUCAAGCAGCACAUUCUCAACCAUACAAGCAAACCUGCUGGUAACUGCUCUGCGCUACCUGAAGCUGCCUGGAAGAUGCGAGCAGUGCUGGCUGCAAGUCAGGGCGAGGUGCUGGAGUACGUCAUCCAACAGCGAGCGGCAGGUCAGGAUGCCAACGGCUCGCUCUGGGUUCCUUUCAGCGGUCAGCAGCAGGAGGCGAGGAUGCGUCGGCAGCGAGAGGAGGUAGGGAGUCAGGGAGGAGAGGAGACGAAGAGUGCGGAGAAGAUGCGGAGAAUAUCUGAAGGGGAAGGCUGGGUCCCUCUUGUGGUGAAGGUGUACAACCAAAGCAGCAAAGAAAUGCUCUGCUUGAACCUGCUCAGGAAGACGGAGACAACGAUCCAGGAGAUCAAGGAGGAGGUGAGGCUCAGCACCGGCAUCCCAAGUGAGCUCCAACGAGCCGUAUGUCGAGGAAGGUUCCUCAGGAACGGCAGCACCUUGCAGGAGUUGGCAGUGAGCAAGGAGGGUGGCCCUUGCUUGUACAUCAUUCCUGAGGUGGCAGAGGAUGCAGGCGGGGACGAGUCGGGGGGUAGGGAGGCGAAGAACGAAAGCUUGCUGGUGAAGGAGGACUUGGGCAGGGCCUCUCCUGGGUCACUGCAGUCGAACUUAAUGAUUGCGAGGAUGAUUCAGCGAAUGAGAAAUUACCUGACGGGGGAGAACAUCUCGUCGUCCCCAGUUGAUCUCGUCCGCAUGAAUGAGUCGGCAGUGAUCGAAGUGGGAGGGAGGCGACUCAACGUCACCUUCACCACCAUCACUCCGACUAACUCGUCGAUGUUCGACCGCGUGCUCGAGUUCAGAAUGCCUGCCUUGGACCCGAUUCUGCAAUCAGACGGGCAGCUAGCUGAGGAUGUGAGGGCGGACGGGACAGGCUGGGGAGGGUUUGGGGGAGGAAAGGAAGAGGGAGGUCAAGACAACGACAUUUAUGGAACCUAG